AUGGGUUCUUCCUCCUCUCGGUCUCCUGCUUAUCUUACUGGAGAUGGUGUUGAUCAGCAUGCAAUCGAAGUUCGCAGCAAGCUCCACCCUUUUACCCAGAAGAAUUUGGACGAAAACGUUCAUUGCCUUUGUGAGAACACACUCGUUCUAGGUCCUCACUGGUUUGGCGCGGUGGUCAAUCUGUUCAAGGAGGAUGCUGAGGCUCCCCUUUGCCUCCAAAGCUCUUCUGCCCUGGCUUCUCACACCUGGGUCAGUAAGAACUUGAGUCAUUCCUAUCCCUCCAGUGAAGUGAGGAAUAGUGCAAUGAAGUGGUCGGAUUGGAUUGAUAGACUCCUUUCGAGGUAUGGAGAUCACUAG